AUGUCCAAUAUUUCUCCUGGCCUCCGCAACCGGUUUGCUGGUAUUGAGCUAGAAAUGCAAGUCGAAGGGAAGCUGCCAAAAAAGCCGAUUUCAAAAUCCACGAGCUAUAAUCUUUCGAGUUCCACGUCUUUCACAACACCAUGUAAGGCCCCGCAGCUAUCGACUGCUAAGAGAGCCGACUCAAGGACAUCAUCUGCGUCAAAAAUCACGAGUAGCGCUCCUUCAGUCUCAAAACGGCCACAGCCUAAUACCAACAGGAAUUCUUGUCAGAUAUCGCCUUCUCAAGGGCGAGAAAACAGAACAGCCAGGAACCAAGAUAUGCUGCAGUUUUCAUUCAUGCGAGAAACAUCUUCUUCGCGCAAGAAACAGUCAACCAUGCCUAUGUUUGACAAACCUUUUACCCAUACCCGUUCUACAUCACAUUCAGAUCUAAAUCAAAGAAAAAAUUAUGCACAACAUUCUGGGAAGAAACGUUUAAUGCUGAAGAAUUUGAGACCAGCUGAUAUAACGAAUAACUACACUUCCUCAAACAAUGCACUGGGCCUUGAAGUUUCCCAGUAUUACGCGACAGAUAUAUCUAAAAACGCAAUGAAAUCAAAGGGAGAAGAUGUUUACACCAGACUUUACAAUAGUGCAUCAAAAUCCAGAGAAAGACUCCCGGAUUUGCGGGUUGAUGUCCCCAACAAUACUCCUUUCGAUUUCAGACUGAAGCCCGAGACCCCCAACUUCACCAAAUCAAGAUCACUUAACAAUUUUGUCGAGGUUAAGCAAACUUCUUCACUAGAUCCAAGGAUGCGAAAACCAAAUAAGGUGCGAACCGUCUUCGAUUUCUGCCAGCUUGUUUAUGAGUCAGAGCCACAACUCUUCGAAGACUCUCACUCUCUUGAUCUGUUGUUACACCCCAACGAACCUAUUCUGCCGCAUGAAUUUAUUGACUCCCGCCAAGCUCGAGAUCUUUCUAUUUUUGAACGAGGUGAGAUUAUGAGGGCCUCCACGAUUUACUACGUUCCUGAGCGUUAUAGUGCUGGGAAAAGAAAUAUGGACGUAACAUUGAACAACUCACAGAAUAAUUAUGGAUUCGAUGACCUGCGUGGAAAUUAUAUCAUAAGCAUGAAUGAUCAUAUUGAUUACAGAUAUGAGAUCAUAAAAACAUUGGGAACAGGCUCAUUUGGUAGCGUUGUGCUUUGUAUUGAUCACAAAUACGCUUCUGAAACCAAAAUCCGCAAAGUCGCUAUAAAAAUUAUAAAGAAUAAGCUUGAUUGGUCUCUCCAAGCUGUCAGCGAGAUAAAGAUACUCAAACACCUUAUGAAAGCUCUGAAUGGUCCUUUCGAAGACUUCAUCCUCAAUUAUUGUGACCACUUUCAUUUCAGAGGCCAUAUGUGCAUAGUCUCCGAGGCACUAGCAAUUAACUUAUACCAGUUUCUGAAGCUCAACUACCAUAGAGGGGUGUCAUUGAGAGUUACGAAAUACAUCACUAAAAAAAUACUUGAAGGUCUAACAUUUAUCCAUAAAAUGAACAUUGUUCAUUGCGACAUCAAGCCAGAAAACAUCAUGGUUGAGUUUCCGGCGGAUUUUGAACCUCUACUUACAAACCGGAACGUAGAUCUCAAAGUGAAGAUCAUUGACUUCGGUUCGUCUUGCUUCAAGAACGACACCAUGUACACCUACAUCCAAUCAAGAUUUUACCGUGCACCUGAAGUUAUUUUUGGCACAGAAUAUGGACCAGAAAUAGAUGUAUGGUCUGUAGGGUGUCUUGCCGCCGAGCUUUUCACAGGAUCACCAUUGCUACCUGGAAAAUCGGAAAUUGAGCAAAUAGCAUACUUCUUAGAGAUGUUUGGAGCACCCUCAAGCAAAUUUGUUUUACGCGAACGAAAUCUUCUCCAAAAAGCACUACAAGUUAAGGGACUCAGGGUGUUGUCGAAUCCGCAGGCUUCGGAUGCCGCACCGUUUAUCCCAAGUCCAAAAGAUGAACGCAAGCUUAGGCGCACACCUCUUUUCUCCCUCUUUGGGAUUGAUGGAAAAAUCAAUUUGCAGGCAGUUACAUUACAGCUCCAAGGAUCUUCAUCUGAAACACGGGAAUCCCAUCUGCAGUCUCCAACUCACUUUAGACGCAAUGUCAAAGUCAGUUCACGGCCACUAGAUGUAACAUUGAGAUUGCCGACCUCAAGCGAAGAUCGAAUCGAUCAGACAAAUUUUCAGAGUUUCCUUGCUUCGAUUUUUUGCUGGGACUAUAAAGAUCGCGCUUCGUCAUGCCAACUUCUCAGUUCUGCAUUCUUGGAUCGUACCCCCAGUUUUUCGUGA